CGGGCCUGGCCGCCAGGCUCGGGGUCGACGGCCGAGCGCUUCGCUCUGCGUCCCAGGCCGCGACGGCCUCGCGCUUCCCCUCGCGGCGCUCGUCCCGGGCUCGGGGCGGCUCCCGCGUUCGGCCCGGUUCCGCAGCGGCCUGGCCCGAUGGCGCCUCAGCGGAGGGGCGCGCUCAGGGCGCCCGAGGGCAGCGGGGCGUCAGAGCGCCGGCGCCCGUGCAGCACAAAGAAUGUCUGGGCACCUUGGGAGGUGCGGAGGAAGUGGCUGAGAACUACCAUCCUGGGGGCCUGUGCUGUGCUUACUGGGCUCCUGCUCUGGAGCAGCCUGGGGGGUGAUGAUGGCGUCACUGAGGUCCUGGCUCACCGUGGGGAGAUCCUGCCUGGCAGGUUCAUUGAGGUGCCCUGCUCGGAGGACUAUGACAGUCACCGAAGGUUUGAAGGCUGCUCCCCUAGGAAGUGUGGGCGGGGCAUCACCGACACCGUCAUCACCAGGGAUGAAGCUCGGAGGAUUCGCAGCAUAGCCGAGAAGGGGCUGUCCCUGGGAGGAUCUGACGGAGGGGCGUCCAUCCUGGACUUGCACUCAGGAGCCCUGUCUGUUGGGAAGCACUUUGUGAACCUGUACAGAUACUUUGGAGAUAAAAUACAAACCGUCUUCUCAGAAGAGGACUUCCAGUUGUACCGGGACGUGCGGCAGAAGGUCCAGCUCACGAUUGCCCAGGCUUUUGGCAUCAGCGCAUCUUCACUGCACCUGACCAAGCCCACGUUCUUCUCCCGCAUCAACAGCACCCAAGCCCGGACGGCACACGACGAGUACUGGCACGCGCACGUGGACAAGGUGACCUAUGGCUCCUUUGACUACACCUCGCUGCUCUACCUCUCUGACUACCUGGACGACUUCGGUGGAGGGAGAUUUGUGUUCGUGGAGGAGGGGGCCAACAAGACAGUGGAGCCAAGAGCAGCACCUCUGUCUACAAACUGUGCGGAAACGCUGGAAGGGACACGGAGACCCCUACUCUUACUGUGCGUCCACAGACCCUUGAGAACUGCGUCUGUCUACAUGGGCAGAGGGGGUGGAUGGGCACGGGAGGCCGGCGGCCGCUGUGCAGACAGGCCUGGCUGCUGUCCCAUGUCUCAAGUUUGAAUCAAGAGACCAAGGACAAGAUGUGUUUUAAAAAUGUAAGUCUCGGGGUGCCUAGGUGGUCAGUUGGUUGAGCAUCCAACUUCGGCUCAGGUCAUGGUCUCACGGUUGGUGGGUUUGAGCCCCGUGUCAGGCUCUGUGCUGACAGCUCAGGGCCUGGAGCCCACUUCGGAUUCUGUGUCUCCCUCUCUCUCUGCCCCUCCCCGACUUGCACUCUGUCUCUUUCAAAUAAACAUUAAAAAAUAAAUAAAUGUAACUCUCAGAAAGUGUGGUGGGUCCGGAUUGCUCUGGGAAAGCGUUUCCUUCCCAUGGGGGUGGCUGGGCUGGUCCAGAGGAGGGGACUGCACUGUGUGUGAGUUCCAAGAGCCCCCAGGCUCACACUCAUAGGUUUCCUGUGUGUUCACCAUUUCUUUUGCUCUGUUGUUUCCAAACACAGCCCGGUUCUCUGUUUACAGCUAGAAAGCAGGGUGUGUCUGAGGUGGCUUCUUCUCUCCUUUGCAAAGAUUACGGUCAAUUUGCAAGUAUUGAUGGAAGCAGUCAACUGUCCAGCAGUGGCUUUGUGGGUUUUUUUU